UCUUCGUAGAGAAAAGUGCAGGAAAUUUUUGCGGCGGCCGAAAUUAAACUAUAAAAUAGGCGUAAAUACACCAAUCAAUUAUACAGUGAUUUAUGCAAACUCGUCGCAGCAAUAUCACGUAGUUUUACGUGUUGCAAUUUUGCACGGCAACAUCCGUGAAAUGUGUGGAAAAUAGUUAAUGUCGGGCGAAAAUUGUAUCUAAUUAGUGCUGGUUUGUGUUGGUACGAGUUGAAGUACGGGUACGGGUACGGGUGUGCGGGGGAGUGUGUGUGGAGGAGUGCGACGAGCUGCGACACAUUCGACAAUGGACAAAGAAAAUUGUUUGGAAUUGUGAGAAUGUAAAGAAACGGCAAAAAUAAAUUGAACACACAACUCGCGAAAAUAAAAUUAAGUUGCGAGGCGGGCGUUGUUUUCGAAUGACCACAAGCUGUGCUACGAUCAAAUGUGCAUAAAAAUAGAACUGUUACAUAUAAAUGUGUGCGUGUGUGAAAAAAGAAAAUAAAAAGGAAAACUGAAAGGAAGUGGAAGAAUUUUUCGCUAUGCCAUGCGGAGGGAAGGCCUGGGAAACCUAAGCGAACCACUAAUAAAACAACAAUAAGCAGAAAACGUUGCAAUAUUGGUAUACAAAUUCGGUGGGGCUUUUAAAGGACUGUAGCAAGCAGAGGCUCCGGCUCCACCCUGCAGAACACCCUUUACUCUUGCCAUUUCGAAAUAUUUUCUCACAUUGUUACUGUACAUUCACACGCAUUUAAGUCAAGUUGUUCGACGGUGUGUUAAAAGUACGUGCACUGCAUCGAUAAAGCGAGAUAGUACUCAUAAAUCAAGUCAGAGGAACAGUGCAGUAGAUAGUUUGCAAUUCCGGCAGUUUGUUUUGCAUUUGCAUUCGCGUGUUUCUGUUACAUUUCUUCUUUCACGAAUUUUCUUCUAAUUUUAUUUAACUUGAAUAUUUUUCCGACUGGAUUGGUUGGCGGCUAAGUGUCCGCCUAAACAGAGCCGUCACUUUGUGGUCAUCAUCCGGAUUUGCCUUCUGUGACGGCGACAGCCCGAACGCCGGCAAAGUGGAUGCCCGGAGCAGCCUGGGUGUGCCCCAGGACUACGCAGGCAUGGUGGGCUUAGCAGGCGGUGGUGGUGCCGGUGGUGCUGCAGGUCACCUGUAUGGACCAGUGGCGCCACAAGACACAUUAAUAGUGCGCGACAUGGUACAAAUGCCACCACCACCAUCCAACGCACCCACAUCAGCAGAUGCCUGCCUCAGCAUUGUUCAUUCACUUAUGUGCCACCGGCAAGGUGGGGAGAGCGAAGGAUUUGCAAAGCGCGCUAUCGAAUCACUUGUGAAAAAAUUGAAAGAAAAGCGUGAUGAAUUGGAUUCGCUGAUAACGGCCAUAACCACAAACGGUGCUCAUCCCAGCAAAUGUGUCACUAUACAGCGAACUUUAGACGGCCGCUUGCAGGUUGCUGGCCGCAAAGGCUUUCCGCAUGUCAUUUACGCGCGCAUUUGGCGUUGGCCAGAUCUACACAAAAACGAACUGAAGCACGUCAAAUACUGUGCGUACGCUUUUGAUCUCAAAUGCGAUUCAGUAUGUGUUAAUCCGUAUCACUAUGAACGUGUCGUUUCACCAGGCAUUGACUUGUCCGGUCUUAGCCUACAGUCUGGUCCAAGUCGUUUGGUGAAAGAUGAAUAUUCAGCCGGCCCGCUAGUGGGUGGCAUGGACAUUGAUGGCAACGAUAUUGGCACCAUACAACACCAUCCAUCGCAAUUGGUUGGUCCCGGCUAUGGAUAUCCUCAGGGGCCAGUUGGCGAUUCAAGUCAUGCAAUGAGUGCUAUGUUCGUUGCGGGUCGAACAAUACCAAAAAUUGAGCCAGGCGAUGGUAGCGGUAUGCCACGUGGUGCCUGGAUGGCGCCGCCACCACCACGGCUGGGUCAACCCCAACCAGUGCCGCAAGCGCAACCACAGCCACCCCAACAGCAAUCACAACAACCGCAACAACAACAACAACAACAGCGUAUAGCCCAAGUUUCACAGCAUCCGCUUUCCGUUCCACAUGGUAUGCCUUUGGCAGGACCCAUGAAUCCCGGCGGCCCAGUUAUGGGCCCACCUCCCCCGCCACAAUUACAAAAUCCGCAAGGCAACGGCCCGAAUGGUAACAUUUUAGCUGGUGCUGGACAUCAUUCUCAAGCGAGCUCACCUACAGAUGCUUUGCAACAAGCGCAGAACUCUGGUGGUAGUGGUGGUGGCGGUAGCAGCGGUGUCGGUGUGAACGUGAGCGGCGGAGCAAGUGGCGCUGGUUCAAAUCAAGGCACCUACUACGGCCCGCCAACCACAUCACAGAUGCCCAAUGUAGCAGAAGCCAAAUUCAAUGCUGCAUUGAAUAGCGCCGGUCCGGGCGGUGGUGUGCAACAACCGCAUUCACCACAUUUACAGCAGAACGGUUAUGUAACGAGUGGUGGUGCACCAUCAAAUUAUGGCCAACAAAUAGGUGGUGGUGGUGGUGGUGGUGCACAGCCUCCUUCACAAGCUAAUACCGGCGGACAAGUGGUAACUGGUGGUACUGUGGGCGCAGGCGGCACAUGGACUGGUUCCAGUACGCUCACCUACACACAAUCAAUGCAGCCGCCAGAUCCACGCGCGCAUUCUACAGGCUAUUGGAAUACAUCAUUGAGUGGUGAUAUGAGUGGCAAUCAACAACAGCAGCAACAACCGCGUAUGCUAUCACGCCAACCAGCUCCAGAAUAUUGGUGUUCAAUUGCUUAUUUCGAGUUAGAUACGCAGGUGGGAGAAACCUUUAAGGUGCCAUCAGCCAAACCAAAUGUCAUUAUCGACGGUUAUGUCGACCCUUCUGGUGGAAAUCGGUUUUGUCUGGGUGCACUAAGCAAUGUACAUCGCACAGAGCAAUCGGAGCGCGCUAGGCUUCAUAUUGGUAAAGGUGUUCAGCUGGAUUUACGAGGUGAGGGCGACGUUUGGUUGCGCUGUCUCAGUGACAAUUCGGUAUUUGUGCAAAGUUACUAUCUCGAUCGUGAGGCUGGUCGUACACCAGGCGAUGCUGUUCAUAAAAUAUAUCCCGUGGCUUGCAUAAAGGUUUUUGAUUUGCGUCAGUGCCAUCAACAGAUGCAUUCUUUAGCGACAAAUGCACAAGCAGCGGCUGCCGCACAAGCUGCUGCGGUCGCAGGACUGCCUAGUUCACAAAUGGGUGGUGCGCCUCGAAAUAUUACCGCAGCUGCUGGCAUUGGUGUUGAUGACUUGCGUCGCUUGUGUAUUUUACGUUUAAGUUUUGUCAAAGGCUGGGGACCUGAUUAUCCAAGACAAUCGAUUAAAGAGACACCUUGUUGGAUAGAGGUGCAUCUACAUCGUGCACUACAGUUGCUGGAUGAAGUGCUGCACGCAAUGCCAAUCGAUGGCCCGCGUGCGAUGGCUUAAAAAAGUUCUUGAUCAGUCAGAAUGAAACAUUUAAGCAAACCAUUAAUACGUAAACACAAAAUUCAGAAAACAAUUCAAGUUUAGCUCAGUUCAUCACAGUGAGGCAGAAAGUAAGAAGAGGAAUAUACGAGCAUCGGUAAACUUGAGUCAUCACAUUUUCCUGCUUCUUGUUAUUCAUUAGCCUUACAAGUGAAUGCAAGAGCUGUAUUUUAGUUAAGAAAAGAGUGUACGAAUGUCGGCGGAAGGAGGUUUACAUAGAAUUUGUCUUUGAUUUGAAGACUAGAAUGUUUUGACGAAAAAAUUUGCAAAAAGAAAGUAUGAUUAUAUUAGAAACUUAUUUGAAAUAUUGUUGAUUUGAAUAUGUUACUUUUUUAUUCUCCAUUGUGGAAUACAAUAAUUAUUUAACAUAAAAAAAACAAUAUGCAAUCAAACAAACAAAAUUUAAAAGCAUAAACAAGCUUGAAUUAAAUUAUAAAGAAUUAUGACAGAUAAAAGCUUUUAUCCUUAAAAUUAGUGCUGAGAAAUUGUGAAUUUUUGAAUUUGUACACGAAAUUUUUUUAAUUUUUUUAUAAACUUAAUUUUUUCACCAUAGUGAA